AUGGUGAUGGUGAUGCUAUUUGUAUUGGCUACUAAUAAUUUUUCAUUUGAAAAUAAGCUCGGAGAGGGUGGAUAUGGACCUGUUUACAAGGGUACCUUACAGAAUGAACAAGAAAUUGCAGUAAAGAGACUUUCGAAGACUUCAACACAAGGAUUUGAAGAGUUUAAGAACGAGGUUAUGCUUACUGCGGAACUGCAACAUGUAAAUCUUUUAAAAGUUUUGGGAUUUUGCACUGAAAAAGAAGAACAAAUGCUCAUCUAUGAGUACAUGCCUAACAAAAGUUUGGAUUACUACAUCUAUGAUCCAAUUAGGUGCACACUUCUAGAUUGGGAAAAACGAGUUCAAAUCAUUGAAGGAAUAACUCAAGGGUUAUUAUACCUCCAAGAAUACUCACGGUUAACAAUAAUUCAUAGGGAUUUGAAAGCGAGUAACAUUUUGUUAGACAAUGAGAUGAAGGCCAAGAUUGCAGAUUUUGGAAUGGCAAGGAUUUUCCAAAAGGAUGAACUUGAAGCAAACACUGGUCGGAUUGUUGGAACCUAUGGUUAUGCUCCUCCCGAAUAUGUAAAACAAGGCAUAUACUCCACAAAAUCCGAUGUUUAUAGCUUUGGAGUUUUACUUUUACAAAUCAUAAGUGGAAAGCGGAAUAAUUGUUUACAUGGCCUCCAUGAAAACUUAAAUCUUCUAGAAUAUGCAUUUGAGUUAUGGAAAGAUGGUAAAGGCAUGGAGUUUAUGGAUCCCUCACUUAACGAUUUGUAUUCUUCAUGUAAGUUGAUGAGAUGCAUGCAAAUAGCUUUGUUAUGUGUCCAAGAAAAUCCAGUAGAUAGACCGUCUAUGUUGGAACUCUCAUCAAUGCUCAAAAAUGAAACUACAUCCAUAGACAUUCCUAAAUGGCCUGCUUUUUCUACAAGAAGAGAUCAAGAUGAAGAAAAAGUAUGUGCAUCGAGACAAGAAAUUUGGUCUGUUGAUAAUGCAUCUAUUACUCAAAUUGUAGCUCGAUAAAGAUUUGACUAUCUCUCACAAUGAUUCCUCUAGUAUAUACUACAACAAAUUAGGGUUUUCCAUUAGUUGGCCAUAUCUUUGUAAUUUGGAUAAAUAUAGUUAUCUUUCUUUAGUGUAUAAAUUAAAAAAAAUGUUACU